AUGUCUGAAGAAGAGUUGGAAGAAAUUGUACAGAUAACAGUGGAAGACUUUAGCUCGGAGAGCCGAACAGCAAACAUGCUGGAAAAUCAAGGACAAAAUGAGGCCAGUCCUCAAAAGAAAAAGAGAAAAUUCAGCAACAGCCAAGAAAACAGCAGCAACAACCAGGACAUAGGUUACAUUAAGAACCUGAUGGUCUCAUUCACUUCAUCAGUCAGCCAGCGAUUGGAAGGAAUUGAAUCCAAACUGCAGGCUCUGGACGCCACAUGUAAGGCUCUAGCGCAAAAGCUGGAUAGCAUGGUGCCUUGUGCUAAGAAUUCUAUCCAGGUUCCUAUGGUCUCUGGGUCACCCCAAGGGGCGACUCAGACCUGGAACAAAGUGCGAUGUGUUGUUCCACAAACAAAUGUGAUUGUUAGCAGUGAAUCCAUGAAGCAGGAAGACCCCUCACUGGAAAACCUGCUCAGCAACACUGUGGCGAAGAGGCGCCAAAACACAAUCCUGGUGAAGGUGCCAGGCCCAGAGGAGAGUCAGGAGGAAGUGGAGAGUGGUUCUGAGGCUAGUGACUCCGUUUCCAAUGGUGGACAUCCCAACAAUGCACAAAAUGGGCAAAAUGUCACACUCAUCACACUCAACUCAGAGGAAGACUACCCAGGAGGCACAUGGUUAGGUGAUGAGAGUAACCCAGAAAUGCGUGUUCGUUGUCCAGUUUCAGCAGCCGACAUGCUCCAUAUCUCGUCAAACUGCCGCACAGCAGAAAAAAUGGCACUCACACUAUUGGACUACCUUUUCCAUCGGGAGGUCCAAGCCAUGUCCAAUCUCUCUGGACAGGGCAAACACGGCAAGAAACAGCUGGAUCCGCUCAUGAUUUAUGGCAUUCGUUGCCACUUGUUCCACAAAUUUGGCAUCUCCGAGUCAGACUGGUAUCGCAUCAAGCAAAGUAUUGACUCAAAGUGUCGAACUGCCUGGAGACGCAAGCAGCGUGGUCAGAGUUUGGCUGUCAAGAGCUUUUCCAAACGUACGCCUCAAGGUUCAGGCUCAGACGGAGGCCUUGCAGAAGAAGGCUCCCACAUAGAAACUGCUACCCAGCAGACCUUGCACUACACACUGGCCAAUCAGCAGGUCCAGUUCCAUCACAUUGGAGAGGAUGGACAAGUUCAAGUUAUUCCACAGGGCCAAUUGCACAUUGCCCAGGUACCUCAAGGAGAGGAGGUACAGAUCACUCAGGACAGUGAGGGGAACCUCCAGAUCCACCAGGUGCACGUUGGUCAAGAUGGACAGGUACUUCGGGGAGCUCAGCUCAUAGCUGUAGCGUCAACUGAAGGGGGGGCAGCAGCGGUAGAGGGCACCUCUCUCCCCGCUGACAUACAAGUGCAGUAUGUUCAACUUGCUCCUGUCACAGAUCACACAGCAACAGUACAGGCUGCUGAGCUUACGCCAGUCCUGCAAGCAGACAUGGAGGUGAAAGAUACCAUCCAGGCAGAGAACGGCGAGGUGGUCCAAAUAGUGUCUUCUGUGGCUACCUGA